AUGGAGGAGGUAAACACUCACUUACCCACGCGAUUCGAGGUCGAACUGGAAUUCGUGCAAUCCCUGGCAAACAUACCGUAUGUGACCUAUCUGUUUGCGCAACAACAACAAAUAUGGAAGGAUCCAAAGUUCAAGAAUUACCUGAAAUACCUGGAGUACUGGUGUGAGCCGCCCUACGUCCAAUGCAUAGUGUAUCCCAACUGUCUGUUCAUAUUGAAGCUGAUCAAUGGCUACAUGGAGGAUGCGAAGGUCAACGAAGACGGAUUACUGGACGGAAUAGACGAUUUGCCGAAAGUCAUUCAACUGCAGGGUGCGCAAUGGAUGAACGACAUGGUAGAAAGGUGGGUCGCGUAG